AACAAAGCAAUAACCUGACAGUUCAGUUUCUUUGAGAAUCUCUGUGUAGCUGUGUUUGAACAGCACCUUGCUCAAGUUAAGGGGAGGGAGAGAUGAAUGGGAAGAGGAGGAAGAGAGAGCAAGGACAGGGAACAAUACGCGUCCGCCGACUACAACUUUUGAUUAAGUUUACAGGAACUGUUAAGGCUGUGUGCACAUCCACUCCGUCCAUGUGCCAAAUACACACAAGGCAUGCACGCAAAAAUGUCUGGGAUAAUGCUAUGCUGCUCUGUUCAGGUUUGCAAGUUGCAAAGGAAAUCUGAAAAGUAGUUCUCACUUCACCACUCACUUGUUGAUCAGCAGUGGAAAAGAUGAUGGACGGUGAAAUCUGCACGGAUGUAGCUGCUGAUCGAUCGGGACGUUCCUAAGACUUGCAAUCUGGACCACAGCGUUUUGACAUUUAAGCACCCUGAGCGUGAUGCCAGAGAAAAAUGGCCACUGUGAGCAGAGUUCUGAGGGGCCUCCUCCUCCGCUGUCUCUGUCCCAGGACGCCAAAGAGGCGACUCUGGAUAACCCAUGCACCACCGACGAGCUGGACACGCCAACCUCCAUCGCCUCCGUGAUGACCUCGACCAAUGAGAGCUCCACGGAGACCGACACCCCGCAGCAGACGGACACAGAGGAGUCCAAAGCCGUGGAACAAGAGAGCGAACAGGCCCCAAGUGAGAUCCAAGAAUCCUCAGAGACGCAGCAGGAGAACAUCCACGCAUCGGACACAACCGAUCUCGCAUCGACCCCUGAGGUUCAAGAAGACACUCCUACAGAGCCGCCUGUUCUUGACGCAAACACCGAGCCCCCUGAGUCCGUCACACCGGCAGCACCAACCACAGCACCGCCCCAACCUGAAGUGCUCCCGCUGCCUGGCGAGCCUCAACCAGUGAACCCAGACAGGCAGAGCAGAGUGUACACCCUCCCCGACAGCUACAGAGGCAUCGGGGGUGACAUCUGUCCAGGGUAUGGAAGCCUGUCCCGCGCCACCCUCCACAGCUACUGGCCCCCCAAGAACUUCCAGCCCGGGGCGCACUACACCUUACCCUUCCUCAGAGACAGCUAUGCUCCCGCAGGACUCAGCAGCCAGACAGAGGAGGAUGGAUUGAGCGAGCGGGGAGAAAACCCUUUGGACAUGAAGCCUGACCACCCAGCUGCCAGUUACCCGACCCUGGGGGGAAUCCACCAGUUCAGGCCAAUUACCACCAUGGAGCUCCUCAGGGAGCCCUCCAGAACCAGAGGCGGCUACGACGACGCCUUUAUGGCCCAGCUCGAAGGGAACCUGAACCCUUUCUUCCAGGCCAUGUGCCGAGCUCAGACCCUGCAGUUCCCCCACAAACGCAGCAGCAUGGUCAGCCUGGACAGCGUCCGCAGAGACCCACGCUGGAGAGACCCCAACCUGCACGAGGUGAUCUCGAUGCUCAGCCACCCAAUGGACCCUGUGAAGUCCAAUGCUGCCGCCUAUUUGCAGCACCUGUGUUAUGAGAACGACCGCAUCAAGCAGGAGGUCCGCCAGCUGAACGGGGUGCCGAUGCUGGUGGAAUUGCUAGACCACCCCAAACCUGAGGUCCACCGCAAGGCCUGUGGUGCUUUGCGCAACAUAUCCUACGGAAAGGACCACAAUAACAAAAUGGCCAUCAAGAACUGUGAUGGCAUCCAAGCUUUAGUCAGGCUGUUGAGGAAGUGUAGCAGCAUGGAGGUCAAAGAGUUGGUCACAGGCACUCUGUGGAACCUCUCCUCACAUGAGCCACUGAAGAUGAUAGUCAUCAACAACGGGCUUCAAACACUGACGGAUGAGAUUAUCAUCCCACACUCGGGCUGGAGGAAAGACUCUGUCGACCCCUCCAAACUGCUGAGCGCUGAGUGGACCACAGUCUUCAAGAACACCAGUGGAUGUCUGAGGAACGUGAGCUCAGACGGGGCGGAGGCUCGACAGAGGCUGAGGGAGUGCGAGGGGCUGGUGGACGCGCUCCUUCACGCCCUUCAAUCAGCUGUUAUCAACAAAGACACUGACAAUAAGCCAGUGGAGAACUGCGUCUGCAUCCUGCGAAACCUGUCCUACCAUGUUCACAAGGAAAUACCAGGAGCGGAGCGGUUUCAGGAACCCCAUGCCAAUCACCUGAUGAGGUCAGUGGGGCACCAGAAGAAGAAGAACGAGCCCGACUGUUUUGGAGGGAAGAAACCCAAAGAGGAGUGGUUUAAUCAAGGUUGGAAAAAUGGAUUUUUGGACAGAAAGUACGGUACAUUGGAUUUACCGAAACGUUCAGAACAAAUGAAAGGGCUAGAGCUGCUGUACCAGCCAGAGGUGGUGAGGCUCUACCUCUCUCUUCUCACCUGCAGUCACAACCACAACACGCUGGAGGCGGCGGCGGGAGCGCUGCAGAACCUCGCUGCAGGACACUGGGCUUGGUCCAGCUACAUCCGCGCCACGGUGAGGAAAGAAAAAGGGCUGCCCAUCCUUGUGGAGCUGCUGCGCUCGGAUGUGGACAAAGUGGUGCGAGCUGUCGCGAUUGCUCUUCGCAACCUGGCGAUGGACCGGAGGAAUAAAGACCUAAUAGGGAGCUACGCUUUGAGGGACCUUGUUGGUAACCUGCCAUGUGGGCAGCAGCACCCGGCGAAGAAUCUCGAGGGAGAUACGGUGGUGUCUAUUCUGAACACCAUCCACGAGAUCAUCACAGACAGCCCCGAGAACGCCCGAGCGCUCAUACAGGGCCACGCUGUGCAGAAGCUGGUGGCCAUCAACAAGUCAAGCCAAUCAGCCCGGGAGACCAAGGCGGCUUCCCAUGUGCUCCAGACAAUAUGGGCCUACAAGGACCUGAGAAACGCUCUGAGCAAGGCAGGCUGGAACAAGAGUCACUUUAAGCCAACGACUACGGGAGUGACUAAAAAAUCCAAGAGUGGGAAGCAAGGCAGCGAUGACAUCACCUUGCCUCUCAUGGACAAAAACCAAGACGUAUAUUCCACUUUAGAGCCAAAUGACAGAGUUGGAGACGGAAAAGGGCCUGUUGUGGAAAGAGACGCUCUCCAGGCGAUAAGUGAGCGGAAACACUUCAUCCGAGCUGGCAGGCCCGCGGUGGGCCUCAUGGAUAACAAACCGCCGCCGCUGGACUCCUGGGUGUAAACAUGACAACACGGCCGGUCGAGCCAGUUUAAUCCUGUAGAGACACUUUUCCAUUGGUGAAAUACGGAUUCGUGCCAUUUAAUCAUUCUUGUACAGACAGAGAAAAACACAUUCGACUAAAAAUAGUUUCCUUUGUUUACAGGAAAUGACGUGCCAAACAUUUACAUGUAUUUAUUACAGAGGUUAUUUGGAAAAUAGACUUGAUGGGUUUUGUCGUUUAGGAUGAUGUACUGUCUGUCUGACAGGACGGAUUAUGUAUGACAUCUGAAUUAGCCUAAAUAUGCAAGAAUCGUGACUCCAAAGAAUAUAUGACAUAUAGAGUUUGAAUUUUACUGCUACACAAGUACGAGAUCAUUUAUAAUACUUCUAGUUUGUCGAGCCAUCGAGGCCUGAGGUGACACGUGGAGCUGUUGUCAUCCAUCCCCGUGGUUUCUGGGCUGGGGACCAUUCUGAUAUGAAAUCAUUUUAAAGAUAUUUUUGGUCCGUGUUUGAGAUAAUUAGGAUUAGGGCUGUCGUCGGCCUCGUCAUCAGAACAUCUGAAUUAUUUAGAAUUCCGUUUUAAUGUUGACAAACCUGCCAUCAAACUAGACUGUGCGGUCUUUAGCGAACCCCCUCUAUUCCAUUUGUUUUCACGAUAGGCAAAAUGGGAUUGUAAAUGUGUAACAAAGGACUGUUAAUAUUCCAAAUGAAGGUAUUUAUAUUGUAAUAUUUAUUGUAAUACCCAUGUUAUUAAUUAAAGGUUAUUGAUGUGUAUUAGCUAAUACCAGUAAGUGAUCCUACAUUCAAUAAAACUCUGCUUUGCAGUGGUCCUUUUUGCAAUGCGAUGUUGAAUGACAAAUGGAAAUAAACAAUGUGC